UGAAAAUAGAUACCACUGGUUGUCCACAAAACACUUACUGCUUGCUAUCCUUGUUGAGUUGCAGCUUGCAAUGGCAAUGAAGCAUUCAUCCUUGCUUCAGUACCUGCUGCUCCUCCUCCUCACAACCUUGGCGUCCUGCGAUGAUCAAUUUCUAUUCUCUGGCUUCACCCAAUCCAGCUUAAACCUUGAUGGCUGUGCCAUCGUCACAAAUGGUGGCCUCCUUGAUCUGUCCAAUGGCACUGCAAUGCUCAAUGGCCACGCAUUCUACCCCACCCCUUUGCACUUCCGCAAGUCACCCGGUGGUAAUGUUCAAUCCUUUUCGGUUUAUGUUGUUCUCAGUAUGAUACUCACAUACCCAGACUUGAGUGCUGAUGGCAUGGCUUUCUUCAUUGCCCCUACCAAGAAUUUCUCCGAUGCAAGCGCGGGCAAGUACUUUGGCCUCCUCAACGAAAAGAAUAAUGGCGACCCAAGCAAACACAUCUUCAUGGUCGAGCUCGACAUCUACAAAAAUGCUGAGCUCAAAGACAUCGAUGACAACCAUGUUGGCAUCAACAUCAACAGUGCAAUCUCUGAGAAAUACAGCACAUGUGGCUUCUAUGAAGAUGAUGGUGGUGCCUUUAGGAAUUUUACGCUGAAUGGAAACAAGGGAGCACAACUGUGGGUAGACUACGAUGAGGGUACUACGCAGAUCAAUGUGACCUUUGCUCCAAUCAACAUGGGCAAACCAUCAAGGCCACUGCUCUCUGCAACCUAUGAUCUCUCUACUGUACUCUCCAACUCAACUUCGUACAUUGGACUCUCAUCCACAGCUUCUGCCAUCAACUCUCGUCAGUAUGUCAUGGGUUGGAGCUUUGGCAUGAAUAAAUCAGCUCCAACCCUUGACGUCUCCAAGCUUCCCAAGUUGCCUUUUCAUGGUCGCAAGGCCCAUUCCAAGCUCUUGGAAAUCGUUCUACCGAUAGCCACUGCAACAUUGAUCCUCUCUCUAUGCACUCUUGUCAUUCUGGUUGUGCGAAGGCGGAUGAAGUAUGCUGAGGUGCGUGAGGAUUGGGAGGCCGAGUUUGGUCCACACCGCUUUUCAUACAAGGAUUUGUUCCACGCUACGGGGGGAUUUAAGAACAAACACCUGCUUGGAGAAGGAGGAUUCGGGAAAGUUUAUAAAGGAGUGCUGCCAUCGUCUAAUGUAGAGGUUGCUGUGAAGAGGAUGUCCCAUGAGUCAAGACAGGGGAUGAAGGAGUUUGUCACUGAGAUUGUUAGCAUCGGUCGACUCCGCCAUCGCAACCUGGUGCCGCUACUUGGCUAUUGCAGGAGAAAAGGUGAACUCUUUUUGGUCUACAGUUACAUGCCCAACGGUAGCCUUGAUAAAUAUCUACACUGUGAAGAGCACAAGGCUAUCUUGAAUUGGGCUCAGAGGUUUCGAGUCAUCAAAGGCAUCGCUACUGGCUUGCUCUAUCUCCAUGAGAAGUGGGAGAAGAUAGUGAUCCAUAGAGACAUCAAGGCUAGUAAUGUACUCCUAGAUGGCGAAAUGAAUGGUCGCCUUGGUGACUUUGGUCUUGCAAGGUUGUACGAUCAUGGCACCGACCCACAAACAACACACAUGGUUGGUACGAAGGGGUACCUAGCACCCGAGCUACUGCGCACAGGGAAGGCAUCCCCUCAUACAGAUGUUUUCGCCUUCGGCAUGUUCCUUCUCGAGGUUUCAUGUGGGCAAAUGCCUGUCAAGAAAAAUGCAGAGGGACAUGAAUUUUUCUUGGUCGAUUGGGUGCUUGAGCACUGGAACAAUGGUUUGCUUACGAGGACACUGGAUUCUAGGCUUCAGGGUGACUACAACAUCGACGAGGCGAAUCUCGUGUUGAAGCUAGGGCUCUUGUGCUCGCACCCGCUUCCUAGUUCGAGGCCUAGGAUGCGAGAAGUUAUGCAGUACCUCGACGGAGACACGCCGCUACCUGAGCUGAGGCCGACGCAACUGAGCAUGAACAUGGUUGCCAUGAUGAAAACCAAUGUAUUGGACUCAUCCGUCGUGCCAUAUCCACAAAUAUUGACAAGCUUCGGCACAAUAUCUGGCCUCUCAGGAGGAAGAUGAUUAUCUGCAGUGUUUUUCUGUGUGUUGCUUACUUCCAAUGUUUAGUACGUGGUGUGUAAAUUGUAUGUCGUCGAAAUAUUCAUAUGAGUAUGAUCAGUCUUAUACAAGUCUGUAAGCCUCCUUAUUUUAGGUGUUCACAAGUUGUAUGUACCCGGUGGCUUUAUGCCUGUUUACCUUUUGAA